CUACCGACCCACUCAGCUUGCCAGAAGAGCAGCAUUGCGGGCGACGCGGCCAUGGCAUCACUCACCAUGAUGGCUUCCUUCCUCGGCGGCACCAUCAGCAUUCCUGGCCGCCCCUCUAUCAGACGUCGCACCGGGCAGGGCCUUGCCGUGGCCCAGGCGGCCGCCAAAAAUCGAGACGUGGCCCAGCCCAACCCCGAAGCUCGCGGCGACGGCGAGCGCGAGGGUCGGCGCGCCGUGAUGCUCGCGGCUGCCGCGGCCGCGGCGUGCGCCAUCGGCCAGGGGAUCGCGAACGCCGAGGAGGAGCCCAAGCCGGGGACGCCGGAGGCGAAGAAGAAGUACGCGCCGAUCUGCGUGACCAUGCCGACGGCGAAGAUCUGCCGCAAGUGAGGCUCCUCCAUCCGUUUCCCCCUGCCCCGGGAGGUCACUCCCAAACUAGCUGAGUCGGGCCUUGCGCUAUCAUGUAGUCGUCCUCCGCUUGGUUUAGUUUGGCGUGUGCCAAUCUGUAACUAUGCGUGACUCUAUAUCCAUGUUAGCUUUGGCAAGACGCCCUUCGUCAUCGUCA